AUUUUAUGCGGAUCUGGAUUUACAUGGGUGGCCAGUUCCAGUGGUCAUGUUCCCCCUGAAGCCGUGGUAGCCGGCAACCAAAGCGGCGCAUUAACCACCGGAAAAAUUCAUCCAUCGCACAAUUGUAUGUUCAGUUUGUUAUUGUUUAGUGAUUUAUUUUCACAAUUAAAAUUCGUACAAUGCAGCAAAUUAAUAAUAAGUGAACGAAAUAAUUUACAUUUUUUAUAUCCAAUAGCAACUUGGGUGCCAUCAACGAUCCACUUGCCAUUGCCAGAAGGCGCCAUUUUAGCUGGUCAUGAUCAAAAUGGUUCUCCUAUUUACAUCGGACGCGCUUGGCACGGUGGUGACCAGGUACCAGCGAAGGUACUUCCCACUAAACAUGCUUGCUACAUUGCAUACGGCGGCCAAGAGAUUUUAAAGGAUUCAUUCGAAGUUUUAUGCUUCGGAAACAUCUCAUGGGUUAGAACGAACCCAAUGACACGGUCUGUACCACCAAUGUCCCUCACUGCCGGUAUUACUUCCGAAGGCGAGCCAUUGUACAUCGGUCGUGUUGAUCAUGAGGGCAGUUUAACCGUAGGGAAAGUGCAAAUUUCCCACGGAGCUUUGUACAUUCCAUUUGGUGGUGGAGAAAUUCCAAUUCACUCGGAAAUUGAAGUUUUGGUUGAAAACUGAAUUCAAUUCAACUUUAAGUCAUUGCAUAAAUUUUAAACGAGAAAACAACAUUUCAAAUAAAUAAAUAAAUCCUAGUUAUUGAAGAAAAUAAAAACAAAUGUUCUUCAAGAGAAGUCUGAAAAUAAAUAAAUAAAUAUACCAAUUCUCAAGCAAAAAGUUAAGCGGUGCUCAAUGAUGAUGUAGACAUUUCAA